AUCUGUCAAACUAGUGGAAGCCGACGGUCUCCAGCAAGCUUGGAUAGUUGGGCUCCACAACGCCAACGCCUAGGGUUUCUUGCACGAGCAGAUGAAGCGGAAGCCACCACACCCUCGCAGCGGCGACGACUCGCCGGCCGGCGAGAGAGGAAGCGACGGAGGGUUGAAGAAGGGGAAGGGGGGAGGGAGGUGGGGCGGCGGGAGUCGGAGGCGGAACGAUCAGCGGCUGGGCGGCGGCGGCGGGGGGGCGCUCUCCCUCGCCGCCUUCGCCAGCGCCAAGUCCCGGACCAGCGGCUACAACCCGGCCCUCAUCAAGAAGCAAAAGGAGUUCUACAAGAAUGCUAAAUUAAUUAGCAAGUACAAAAAGACAAAGAAGCAACAAAGUCAGUCAAACAACCAUCCAGAAAUUCCAGUCCAUGAGGAUGGUGGUGACACUGUCCGAUAUGUGGCAAAACCGCAUCACAAAGGGAAGAAGCACCCUGUGCAUAGUUUGAAGGAAGAGUAUGAGAAAAAACGUGCUGAGGAGGAGAAGGCUAAGGAAGAGCGUGAUGCAAUGGUUCAGGCAAAGAGGGAGCAUCGGGAGAAGUCUGAGGCGAAGCGGAAAGAACUGAGGGAGAAGAUGUUCAAGAAGACAAGAUCUGGCCAACCUGUGAUGAGAUACCGGAUCGAGCAUCUCUUGGAGACUGCACUGAGCAAGAAAGUACAAUUCCAGCUACCAUCUUCAUAAUGUUAGUUGUGUGGACGGAGGACAGGUCGGAGGCUCCCUGUCCGUGACCCGACGAAGGUUCCAAUGGUGGCUUGCCGCGCAUCGAUGGAGGAGGCACUAGCAACAUGGCCACGCCCAGCAGAUGGUGGCUUCCGUGGCCAAAUCGGAUCGAAUAACUUGGUAUUAGGGGGAGGGAGGGAGAGGAUCGAUUUGUACACUGAAUUCGAUGGGAUGGGAUUGUACUCUCAAAUAACAUCCAUUUCCAUCGAUCCAACUUUACCCCUAUCAAUAAACCUUCAAUUAGCACAGUGCCCUC